UUUGUAUCUAACCUCACUGCUGGAGUUCUGUUUUGCAGAAUGUAGGAGCUUCUCAUUCUGCCAAGAUGUUUAAAAUCAGAAGAUUUGUACAAAAAGCCUGGAUUCUUUUGCAAGUGUGUCUAUGUACUGCUGUUGGUAAAAUUCUUAUGAUCUUGUUCCCAGAUACAAUAAAAAGAUAUAUCUUGAAACAAGGGGAGAAGAGCGGCAUAGGGACAAACCCUAAUUUUGUCUAUGAAAACUGGGGUCCAAGCUUCUUCAGCUUGCAAUACUUACUCUUUGUCUUGAAAGUCAAGUGGAAAAGGCUGGAAGAUGAAGCGUUUCAAGGUUGCCCUGCUCCCAACACCCCUGUAGUCGAUUUUGGAGGAAAAAUUCAUCACAUCCUGGACUUCAUGCAAGAAAACAGGCCUUUGGUUCUAACAUUUGGAAGCUGUACCUGACCUUCAUUUAUGUUCAAAUUUGGCGAGUUGAAGAGGCUUGUUGAAGACUUCAAAUCUGUAGCAGAUUUCCUUGUGAUUUAUGUUGAAGAAGCCCAUGCCUCAGACAAGUGGGCCUUCAAGAACAAUAUUGUUAUCCAAAGUCACAGAACUCUCCAAGAUCGUGUCCGGGCUGCACAAGUCCUAUUAAAAGAGCGUCCCUUAUGUCCAGUGGUUUUGGACACGAUGGAAAACUUGAGCAGCUCUAAAUAUGCAGCACUUCCAGAAAGACUUUACGUGCUUCAAAGAGGAAAGGUUGUCUAUAAGGGUGGAGUGGGACCUUGGAAUUAUUGUCCACAAGAAGUACGUGAAGUUUUGGAAGAGCUAAUUUAAAUCCUUGAACACAGCUACCGAUGAUCCUAUAUAUAAACAACAUAAUCUACAAUCUGCUGAUUAAUUAUUUUACGGUAUUAAUAUUUCUUUGGAAAAACUUGGACACUUUCUUCAAGGAUAAAGGCCCACUCAUUUGAGAACUGGCACACUCUCAAUUGAGAAUUUAGCAGUUGCUACUCCUCCAUAAAAGUACAGCAGGAAGAAUAAAUUAAGCAUUUGACAGGGGAACUUAGCUUUGGUUACCUGCAAAUAUCACUAGCUAUUGUUUUGCCUAGCAAUAUGUGCAAACAACUUCAAAACAGCAAUUUGACUGCAUAGGGAUUGUCCCAUUGAGCAAGCACUGUACCGCUCCAAUGUUAUUCUUCCACAAUAAAGUACAACAAGCUAUGGCAUUGUGAGGGCUAGUAUGACAGAAAUGCCCCAAAGGACACAACAGUUUGCUUUACAGAAGCGUUUCCCACGUGAAGUAGCCUCUAUACUGCUGAACAUGAGAACUGCUCUCAUACUAAUUGGUAAUGAUAGCCAGCUAUGUAAAAUGCAUAUUUUCCACAGACUGCAGUUGCCUGCCACCAUAACAGGGACUGCCAAGCCAUUUGGAUUUGCCACAUAUUCUGUACAGAAGCAGCAUUUGUAAAGAACCAGGAUAAUGGGAUGUUGGGGGAAGAGUUCAGCUUCUCUGGGCCUUGUGUGGCCCAGGGAAGCUGCAGCUCCAAGUGCAUGAAGGCACUUGAUCAGAUUUUGCAUACAGUAUAUAAUUAUCCCUAUCUUGCUCUUUGUAUGCACUGGUGUACGUGUAGUUACUGCAUCAUGCCCUGCACACAUAGUGGGCAACAGCAUAAUCAAGUCUAAUAUUCACUGGCAGAAACAAAGCUUUGUGAACUGAAGCACUACAGUCGCUGGUUUAGUUUUGUUUCUAUCUGUAUUUCUUUAUGACAGUCAUAGUUUAAAACAUGGAAGGCUAUGACCUGAUUUGGAAAAAAAAUACAGUAUUUAUAGAAACAAGAUGCUAAACUAUAUUAAACUAUGUCAAAAUA